UGAGGCUGCUGUGGCCAUGGGGCUCCUAGAGCCGGCGGGGGCGAGGGAGCCUGGUGGCCCUGGUCUCCCCUGGAGGCGAGGGCGGUCGGGCCAUGCCGCUCCUGAAGGCGCCCCAUCUGCCGCCUCGGGCCCCGCUUCCCUGGAUCCUCCCAAGCCUGUUUGCCGCCUUCAACGUCGCGCUGCUGCUCAUUUUCAGUGGCCUCUUCUUCGCCUUCCCUUGCAGGUGGCUGGCCCAGAACGGGGAGUGGGCCUUUCCCCUGGUCACGGGCCUCCUCUGCGUCCUCACGGUCUUCAGUCUGGUUUCACUCAAUUUCUCAGACCCCGGCAUCCUGCACCAAGGCUCCAACGAACAGGGCCCCACGAUGGUGCACGUGGUAUGGGUGAACCACAGAGCCUUCCGCCUGCAAUGGUGCCAGAAGUGCUGCUUCCACUGCCCGCCCCGGACCUACCACUGUCCCUGGUGCAACAUCUGUGUGGAAGACUUUGACCACCACUGCAAGUGGGUUAAUAACUGCAUUGGUCACCGCAACUUCCGCUUCUUCCUGCUGCUGGUCCUGUCCUUAUGCCUCUACUCGGGCGCCAUGCUGGUGACCUGCCUCAUCUUCCUGGGGCGCACGACCCACCUGCCUUUCUCCCUGGACAAAGCCAUGGCCCUCGUGGUGGCGGUGCCGGCCGCCGGCUUCCUGGUGCCGCUGUCCCUGCUGCUGCUGAUCCAGGCGGCGUCGGUGAGCGCGGCCGAGCGCUCCUACGAGGGCAAGGGCCAAUACCUGCAGGGAUACAACCCCUUCGACCGCGGCUGUGCCAACAACUGGUAUUUAACGAUUUGUGCACCGCUGGGACCCAAGUACAUGGCCGAAGCUGUCUGGCUGCAGAGGAUGGUGGGGUCCGACUGGGUGCCCAAGCAGAACCUGCACGUGCCACUGUGCCCCUCGGCGCUCCGUCUCCCAGCCCUCCCAGGGCCCGGGCCUGGCCCCCAGGCCCAACCUCCCGGUCUCUGCAAGCCAGGGACGGGUCCCCCAGGGAGUGGUGAGGCUGCGGCCCUCCAGGAGUCCUGGGGCCGCCGUCUCUGUUCGUGCCCCCUGUUCUGACCUUCGUAAUGACCCGGGUGCAGCAGCCCCAGAAGGGAGCCCCAGCUCGGUGGGCGGGCCUGCGAGGGGCGAAGACAAAGCCUAGAGCGAGCGGGAGCCGGGCCGGCUCCGACGAGGAUCUCCGGAGGGAGAGCGCUGACUGCUACAGGGAACAUGUCUCCACGUUAAACUGAGAAGCUGACACUCAUAAAUAAAGCAAAAAAUGUGAAAUAAGAGAACAUCCUAGCAACACAUAAAUCAGCGCAGGAUUAGGGUCCAGAAUACAUGAAGAACUGGAAGUAAGUAAGAAGAAAAGACAAGGAACACGCGACCAUGUGUUUUGCAAGAGAAAACAUCGUCAGCCAACACGGAGAAAGAUGUUUAGCUUCCUUAGGAAUCAGGAAUAUGCAACUUGAAGACACCAGGAAAUACCACUUUCCAACCACCAGGCAGGCCAAGGGUUUAGCCGUUAGGAUGGCCUCGCCACGCGUGCUGCUGCUCUGACUGCUGCGCCAGGACCCAAGGGCCCGUCCCCUGUAGGGCCCCGCAUGGCGGGAUCGGGGAUGGGGCCGCCGCCCUUUGCGCCGUCAAAGAGCCGGCUGAAUGAUAUUCCGCUGUAUGCGUAUGCCACAUUUGGUUUAUCCAUUUGUGUCGAAGUGGACACUUGAGUUGCUUCCCCCUUUUGGUUCUUGUGAAUCUUACUGCUGUGAACAUGGGUCUCCGCAUAUCUCUUCGAGAUGCCAGUUCUUUUGGAAACAUACCCAGAAAUGGAAUUGCUGGGUCAUAUGGAGGAUCCCAUGCCUAGCCGUAUGUCCUUCUGGCCUGACGUCUGGCAUGGAGCAAAAGAAGUGGAGCUGGGUUGCCUGCAGCUGCUCCCAAAGGCAGUGCACGGAAAAAAAAAGGUCCUCAACCAAACUGAGGCAUCAGCAGGGACCUGUUUUGGGCUCUGAAGAGGGUCAAAUAAGUCAGAAACGGGCAGCAGAGCAGCGGGCAGGAAGCAGCAACGGCAGCCCCGUGCAUCCCCGCACCUGUGAGAUGGCCUCCCAGACGACUACUGCCCCAGUGAGGUGGAGCAUCACAGAAUUUUCUGUUUUUGCCUUGAAAUAGCUAGAGGCAGAGGGAUGGCCUAGUUGACCUUCGGAGGGCCCAACCAGCAGCACAAGGAUGUCACCUGAUAUCUCACUUUUAUGCUGGUAUCAAAUAAAUAUUUAUGUAUUUUAUGUGUAUUA